AGAGAGAGAGAGAGAGAGAGAUGAGUGAAGUUUGAAGCAAGCAAGCAGCACCUCACAUCCAGACCACUGCCGGUGGAGAAAAAACAAGAAUCACUCACCCCCACUCACAUUACAUAUAUUAAUACCCUUUCUCCUUACUCUUUUGUUUCCUUCUCUCUCUCUCUCUCUUUCUGUCUCUGUCUCACAUUUCAUCUCUUCAAGAGCUCAUGGCUACAGAAUACUGCCGGAAGAGUGGUCAAAUCCCAGCAUUUGGCGACUGGGAAACUGCGAAUCAGCUGCCGAUAACACAGUACUUUGAGUGCGCCAGGCAGGCGGGGCUGCUCCGCUGUAGCUGUUCUGGAGAAUGCUGUGCCUCUUGGGGCGGCGCUGCUGCUGCUGCUGCUGGUGAUCUUUAUGGUACUGUUGGUUUUGAUAAACCCCUGCCUCGCCGGGUUUAUGCUGUUCCUCAACGCAAGGGAACGUAUUUGCAGACAAGUGGAAUCAACAAAGGUUAUUCACAGUCCAAGGAGCAGAGGAAGCAAGUUAAGGUUCGGGAUUUGAUGGAACAACCAAGAACUCGGCCCUCAUCUCAGAAGCUGCAGUACUCGAAACAAAGUACUAAAUCAGUAAACCUCGUCCAACAAAAAUCCUCAAUCACUGUCAAACCAGUAGACGAAGAUCUGUACAAGAUCCCUUCUGAGCUCCUCGAAAAUUCCAAACGAAAAAAGAUGCUGGGAUUCUUUUCGAGAUGCAUGGUUCCUCCUUGUGCGGCAUGAGUCUGAUCAAGUGUGGAGUAAUCCGUCUCUAGUUUGUGAUAUAGUGAAUGAAGCUGUUUCACUCAUCACAUAGAUAUCUAGAGAACUUAGUAGUCAUUUUUCCGCAGUCUGAAUCUUCUAUUUUAAAUUGGUAUUUCAUCAUAUCAUAUAUUUUACUUUAUAUUGUGUGGUCACAUCACAUCACGUGUAUAAAAUAUUUUCUUGAAUAUAUAGACCAAGUGAAUUUUAUAUACGUGUUGUGUGAAUAAAGAAGAAUAUAAGAUGAAGUAUCAUGUUUAGAGUAGAUGGACUA